AUGAGCUCUCCCCAGCAUCAGAGCCACGGACUGGGGGCAGACGAGAUGCCCGACCAUCGUCGUCGUCUGCUCUCGCGCUCGCCGCAUCCGUACCAUCGUAAGGGUCAGCAGCAGCAGCAGCAGCAGCCGCCGCCGUCAAAUACGGCAGACCCCUCCCCACGUCUUCCCUCGUCGGCGUGGUCGCGAUCAUCGAGGACAUCGAGUGAUAGUGGUACAGAGGCAGAUGAUGAGAGCACGGGUAUACUCAAGGGUCUUCCUCCGGCACCGCUGCGGCCGCGGAAAGGUCUGGUCUUGCGUUCGGGAUGGGGUGGUGGGCACGAAAGAGGAGAAACUCGCAACAGCUGGUUAUUGCCAUUGUCGCUACUUGUGCGCGCCUCCUCCGCGUCACGGAGUUCACAGGAGGAGGAACAGGCGGACGCCGAGGCGGCGGUGGAGGUGCGUCGCAAGGUCCGUCGGAGGAGACGCAUCGAGGUCUGGCGUCGUCUGUUUGAGACCGGACUGUUGCUCUCUGUCGGCGGGGUGGUCUUGCUACGAGAGGAGUCUCGUCGACUUGCAUGGUCGUGGCGGAAGGAACUCCUGACUUAUCUGGCGACCGUCUCCGGACUGUACGCCCUCUACCCGCUAUGUAUUAUGGCUCGUGCAAAGGCUCGCUCGCGCCUGGAGCGCUUCAGAGCUUUUCGGGUCCCCUCGCGCUUCGAUCCGGCGCCGCUGCUUUACCCCGUCUUGAUCCCCGUGUACGUGGCGCUCUCGCUGACGCGCUGUCCCGCCCUUCUCUUCCCGAACAUCGUCCUGGCCCUCGCCUCGCUGCCCCCGGCAGUCAUCCCUCUAUACGGCUGGAUCCACGGGCAGAGCAUUGUUCAUUGGAUAGUCACCCUGGUGCCCAUCGUGGUAUCGGAACACCUCUCCGUCGGGUCCGCCGCGGCGAGGCCCCUGUCGCUGCGCGACGUCGACUCGGAAGCGCUGACCCUUGUUUUCCCCUUCUACCAAGCAUUGAUACCCAUCCUUGAUUUUCUCCUCACCACAAGCCUCUUGCCGGCGGAGCUGCAACUCUUGACUACCGCCCUCAUCAACCUGUUCUUAUUUGCCGCUUCCCCGCAGGCGGAGAUCCUUAAAGCCCUGCUAUGGCUCGGCGGCAUGUGCAUCUUUGUUGCCUGCCGCCCCGUCCUGCGCUGGGAGAUCGCCCUGGCCCGCAUCCCCACCUGGAAGUUCCGUCGCUCUCCCAGUGGCUCGCAGGCUCCGUCCCCCAAGCGAAUCCUCAACGUCAUGGACCACAAACUGUGCGAAAAGCUGAGCCGGUCCGGGUCCCAGGACGACGCCGGCUCCGACAGCGACGCGCCAAACGGCGGGGUUUACCGCUCAUCGCGCCCCAAUAUGACGAUCCGUGAACUGCUGCGCGGCCGCCCGCCCGCCAAGGGCCACGCGCGGGCCGCCUCCGGCGGAGGAACCGUGGACGACAGCAUCACCACCGAGGAGGUCUCGGCGACGACAAUGACGAUGACGACGACGACGACAGCAACGACAAUCUCGUCGAAUAGCAAACAGCGACGACACACCAUCUCGACCUUUGAAGAGGCCGUCCACACCACCGAACGCGUACGGACCACGCCCGGGGGCCGUCGCAAACGCUCCAUGGCACCUGGCCUAGCGUCUUUUCUGGAGUUGACGGCGCCCCAGGCGCAAGUGCGCAAGUGGCUGUACGCUCUGUAUGUCUAUUUCGCGGUGCUGGGGAUCAUCAUGGGCCCCAUCCGUCUGUACAUUGCGCACCGGGCGCUGCAGGGCGCCGACCCCUUUGGAUGGGCGUUGGGCUAUCUCUUCGGCAACAUCUCACAGUUCCGGUUUUGGGUUCUUGUGUUGAACCUCGAGCGAUGGAUCAUGCUCCCGCCGCGGCUGGAUCGGGAGGUAACCGCUACUUCUACUUCUACUUCUACUACGAUUUGUCUGCAAGGUUGGGUCGAGCACGUGCGACAAAUGACGUUCGGCGCGGCGACCACCCGACUCUUGUUGAGCGGGUACUGCACGGUAGUCGUGCUGACGGGGCUGGCGAUUGUAUUUCGUCUGAGCACGGUGGUCGAGGUGGACACGCGCCGCAAGGUGUUCCACGGGAUGAUGGUGCUCAUGUUCCUGCCGACCAUCUUUAUCGACCCGGCGUUUUGCGCGCUGGCGCUGGCACUCGUCCUGGCCGGGUUCCUCCUGCUGGAUCUCUUCCGCGCCUCGCAGUUGCCUCCUAUCUCGCGGCCGCUGACCUACUUCCUCGCUCCAUAUGUUGACGGUCGUGACCACCGGGGGCCCGUCAUCAUCUCGCACAUUUUUCUCUUGAUAGGUUGUUCCAUCCCCUUGUGGCUGUCGCUGGCCGACGUGCCACGAACAUCAUCUCCUGUCGGUGCUCCUUCUGCUGCUGUUGGCAGCGGCGGUGGAGGAGGAGGAGGAGGAGGAGGAGGAGGACCCUGGGCAGGAUGGGAUGUCCUCUCCCGAGAUGUCAGCAUGGUGAGCGGGGUGAUCUGCGUGGGGAUGGGCGACGCGGCAGCCUCACUGGUAGGCCGUCGGAUCGGACGACUCAAGUGGUUCUGGGGCGGCGGCAAGUCGCUCGAGGGGAGCGUCGCCUUUACCCUGGCCGUCUUCUGUGGCCUCAUGGUGGCUCAUGCGUGGCUGGCGGUUGGCUGGCGACAGACCACGACUUCCUCCUCCUCUUCCUCCUCCUUAGGCGGCCUCUUCUGGACCGCAGGCAAGGCUCUCCUCGCUGCUGGGGGAGCCAGCGCUACGGAAGCCGUCCUGACGGGGUGUAACGAUAAUGUGGUGGUGCCGAUUGUGUUUUGGCUGCUUGUACGAGGAUUGCUGUAA